GCUCGAACCCGUGUCCCCUGCAUUGGCAGGUGGAUUCUCAACCACUGCGCCACCAGGGAAGCCCCUUGGUAUAUAUUUUAAUACAUUGUGUUCGAUCAUUUAACUGAAAAGCAUAUUUGAUGUUAUCUAAGAUGUUUGGUACUACCCAUUUUGGUAUUUCUAUCAGUGGUUCAUUUCAUUAAAGACUUGCUUUUAUGUUAAUUUAAGCUUAUCUUUUCAUAUUCAUUUUUUAUCAUUUUUAAGAUGGUAUUACUUUGCUAAGAUUUGUGAGGUUUUGUUUGAUAAUAUCUUACACUGCUAUUUGGAUCAUUUAAUUGGUGCUCUUUUUUUCCAAUUACCAUAUGUAACUGAAUCAAUAUCUUUCUAGAUCCAUAUGUUAAACUGCUGCUUGAUGCCAUGAAGCAUUCGGGCUGGUAAGUGAAUCUUUUUGAAGUGCUGCUCUAUAUUCUGGCUGCUGAAAACAAAAAAUCCCCACCCAAACUGGAAGUACUUGAGAUAUUUCACUUCAGGCCACAAAGCCCUUUCCAUAUGGUAGGUGGUGGUGGUUGGCUGCACUCUCCCCAGGCAGGCCGUGUUCUCUCUGGACCUCUUCAGCCCUAACUCCACAUCUUUGGCUCUGCUGUUCACCUCAGGUAUUUAGUAAAGACGAUACUUAAAAUCUUACUUGUAAGUAACCACCAAACCUGGUUUUUCCACUAUGCCAGUCCCAGCAUUAUCCUUAAUGGAGAAGAAAUCUCAGCUUGUUAUGCAUGUAGAAGCCUUCCAGGUGUUGUUUAACUUUGAGGAGAUCGGAAGAAGUGAUUUCUGAGGUCCACUUCUUAACAUUCUGGCCCAAGGGCAGAAACUCCAGCAUAUUUCCAAUACGGUCUUAAUGAGUUGAUCAAAUUCUUUAUGGAAUCAUAGCAUAGAAUUUGAACUGGGAUAGAUUUUGCAGAGACAGUUUCCUUAUUUACAGAUGAGAGAACUGAGUCCUGAAGGUGUUGAGUUGCUUUCCCAAGGUGUCCUGUGUGAUAGUGAUGGAGAGAUGUGUCAUCUGGGUCUCCUGGCCCAGGGCUGUUUCCCCUGUGCCCCAUGCACACUACUUCUGGAUGUUGUCUUUUUAAAUCCAUUCUUACCUUCCAGCGCUGUUAACAAAGAAAGACACUUUUCUUGUGAAGAUUGUAAUGGAAAUGUCAGUGGAGGUUUUGAUGCUUCAGUGUCUCAGGGUCCUGCUCAGUGUGCUGCUGGCUUUUUGCACUUCUUUCUGAAGCUCUUUCUGAGGACUUUUCCUGGCAAUUCUAGUAGGAUGGGACAGUGUGGUCAUUCAUUGUUGAUUCAUUGCUUAUUGAGAAACUUGAUAAGAAACAUUUUACACAUAUUCUCAUUUAAUUCUCACAAUUCUAAGAGAUUGUUUUGUGCCAGAAUAAUAUCUGUAAUCAGGCGCAUAUGAACAGAGUGGUCACCCAUGAGCUCAUUCACGCAUUCGAUCAUUGUCGAGCUCAUGUCGACUGGUUCACCAACGUCAGGCACUUGGCUUGCUCUGAGGUUCGAGCUGCUAACCUUAGUGGAGACUGCUCACUUUUAAAUGAAAUAUUCAGGUUACAUUUUGGAUUAAAACGACACCAUCAGACUUGUGUGCGAGACAGAGCCAUUCGUUCUAUCCUGGCUGUUAGGAACAUCAGCAAAGAAGUAGCUCAGAAGGCUGUUGAUGAAGUUUUUGAAUCUUGUUUCAAUGACCAUGAACCUUUUGGAAGGAUCCCUCAUAAUAAGACCUAUGCAAGAUAUGCUCAUAGAGACUUUCAAAACCGGGAUCGGUACUACUCAAACAUAUGAAGACGAUGACAUUUUAUAUGGCAGAGCUUCAGUGAUCAUGAAGAAAGUAUGGUUCCCAAGUGGACAAACAUAAAACGUAAAUGAGCAAUUAAAUACAGAGAAGACACAGAAGAUUCUAGCACAGAAGAUUCUAGCAUCAGAAAAAGUAACUGUGGUAAGAAAUGAAACUGCCUUAAACUCCAAGGCAAAAAUUGUAUCUUUGUAGCUAACCAUUUGGUAAAUAAGGCAAAUAAAUAGCAUUUUUAAAUUUUCUACAAUG